GUGGAGAGCACCAGUCGUCCUGACCUGGUCCUGUUCCUCAUCAAGUACCUGAUGAUGUUGAUCGUGGGAAUCCCCUCUGUGUUCUGGGUGGGCAGCAAGAAGACCUGCUUCGAGUGGGCCAGCUUCUUCCACGGCAAGAGACGCAAAGAUGCGAUGGUCAACGAGAGCCGCCAGGUGCUGCAGGAGCCCGACUUCACCCAUCUGCUGCUCAGGGACCCCAACACGCCCAUCGUGAGGAAGUCGAGGGGCACGUCCACCCAGGGGACCUCCACCCACGCCUCCUCCACCCACCUGGCCAUGCUGGACGAGCCGCCCAGUGCCAGCACCAGCCGGGCCGGCUCGGUCCGCAGCGCACGCUCCAAAGUGAGCAGUUACCACGGCAGCCUGCACCGCUCCAGGGACGGCAGGUACACAGCCUCCAGUUUCCGGGCCAUAGACGACCGACUGCCCUACGGUAGCAUGCCUCGCCUCAACGACCAAUCACAGCCCAGGCACUGCAGCAACAAUCGUCUGGACAGCCUAUCACGGCACGGCUCCACGCAGCUGCUGGAGAGCCAGUCGCGGCACAGCAGCAUCAGGGACCUGAGCAGCGCCACUCAGGCUGUUCUCGGUGUUCCAGGAAACGGGAUCCACAGAGUCCUGGAGGAGGACGGUGCCACGGCCUGACCUGGGAUUUUAUCUGUGAAGAACAUGUGACUGAAAGGUUUGAACUGAGGAGGAAAAACUGAUUAUCUGUCUUUUUCUAGAACGAUGAAGAAUGUGUGAGGAUCCAGUGUUGAGCUGGACAGAACGCAGAUGUAGUGAUCACUGUGGGACCCGCUGUUGCUCUCAGAGCUGCAGCACUUGAUGGUUGACUUAGCUCGACGGCGGCUCCCUCCGUCCAAGUGGAGAGGACCGAGUGUGGAUCGAUGCCUUAAAACGUUCUCUCACCUUUACCUGAUCCAGGAGCUGAUCCCAAAACACUGAAGUUCAAAAUCCAGUUUACAAAACUACAAGAAAGUCCUGAUGGUGAAGGGUGAAGGCUUCACCGUCAGACCAACACGACUGAGCUGAAACUGUGACCAACGCUGACACACUGCAAUGGACUGGGUUUUACUGUUUACUGUGUGUACAAAGAACUGUGAACGUCACCGACGGUCGGAGACGCUCACUCAUCCUCUUCAGUUUACUUCUAAUUGCUUUAUGAAGGACACUGGACUUGAGUUUCUUUAAGACGUUUCACUUCUGGACACACGACUCCAGUCACCGUCUUAAAACACUUAGAAGCAAACACAGGAAGCAGCUGUUAUUUUUUUAAACUCACCUUUUUUUUUAAGAUUUCAUUUUUUACUGGUUUUGAUGUCACAAUUAUUUUUCAGCUUCAUUCGUCUUAAGUUCUGGUAAAUUAACCUGCUGAAACUGUUAUUUAUAAAAAGCACCGAUUACAUCAGCUGCAACUUUAAAGUACCAACAACUGAGUGUGGAUUUUUGCCUUAAAACGUCCUCAUGUCAGCUUUACUCGACCCACGAGCUAAUCCCAAAAACCGAGGUUCAGACUGACGUCAGUCGAGGUUACAGUGGAUCUUCUGGUCUCCAUGGCGAUGUCCUAAUGGCAUCUGCUCUCUACACUGUAUGUCUCCUGACCUUUUUAAAAAGCCUUGUCUCAUUUUAAACAAGUGUUUUUAAUAUUGAGGUACGUCGUAUGUGACGAGAGGGGAAAAGUCUGGAUCUGUAGUUCACCAGUUUGAAUCAAAGGGCUGAAAUACAGGGACAAGAGCUGAAUCCAAACUCCUGCCUUAUCAUAACCAUGUGUUCAGACAGAAACACAAGCGAAGCUUAGAGACGGAGCGAUCUUUACAAGGGGAAAUUGUUUUGACUUGACACAUAUCCGGAUCCUUUGUCAUAAACAUACAGAGAAAAACAGCUAAAUGGAAACAACGUUGCACCGAUAGAAAACACCAAACAACAAAAACAGGCCUGUCUCCAUUUCACUUCAGUUUCUGUCCGAACACACGUUUACACUUUGAACAGAUAGAACGCCCUUAAAUUAGUCAAACGCUGAAUAGUCUCUCCUGCUACAUGUGUCCUUACUGUUUAGCUACUGUUAAUGCUAGAGCAACAUUUCCUCUAGUGGCAAAACCUGUGCAUAGAUGUAAAAACAUUUUGUUGUUCAUUUUAAAUAAAGUUGUUUUUUUAAAGAAAGGACAAAAAGGAUGUUUUUUAUAAUCAGAACAAAUGACGACACAGAAACACAUUUCCUGUUGUAUUUGUAACAGCCCUCCGCUUUAUUGAAAUACAUCGGAGUCAGGUUAAUAUAAUGAGUUGUCCACAUAAGUGUGGCAGCCAGUUCCAUACAUUAUUUUUUGUUUUGACCUUACACCUUAAAUAUUUUUUUUGUGCAAAAAAGAAUCUACAUCACCUGUAGUGGGUUAUCCUCAGUAAAACGCCCAAACUGUUCAAAAAGGAGCAAGUCCAAGUAAAACAACAAACCGAAAAACAAAAAUGAUUACAUCUAUAACAUGCAAAACUGUACAAAUUAUUACAAAGCAAUCCUAGAAAAAAAAACAAAGUGUAAUAUGAUAUGAAAGAGCAAAAUAAUAUAGAAGGUACUGUGGAUAAGACCUCACUGAAAUGCAAAGGCGUUUGAUUUUUUUAUUUUAUUUUAAGAUUUUCUUCCUCUUAAACGUUACGACUGUGGCACCUCCGCCACCAAACCGCCCGUCGCCCUUCACCCCUGAAACUUUUCAUCUCUCUCUCUUCCUGCUGUCUCCGCCUGGGUCAUAUCUACUGUACAUUACAGCCAGAUUCCCCUCACGCACUCCUUCAUCCAUCCAUCUGUCAAACCUCUAACACGCUCAUUCUCUCAUCUAAAUGAAAAUAAUUCAUUGGUUCUGACAUUUCCUGAGUUUCUCUUCCCCCUCUCUCUACACUGGGAAAUCUGGGAUCAGCUUCUCUGUACAAUAUUGGCCGAUAAUAAAACUGUUUCCUCUCGCCCAGCGAAUACAUUCUACACACAAACUCCAGCAGGAACUGAGGAGAGUCACUAGCUUAAAAAAAGUCUCGAAGGAGGUGGUUUGUUCGGAAUGAAAACCAGCUUAGUCGCACUCUGGCGCUCCACAUGUCCCUCGCUUAAUAAAACACUUGGAAUGGGUCGUUUGGAACUACUUUGUCGUGUUUCAACCGGGCAGGAUCGGCAGGAAUGUGCACCGAAGUACUUAGAGGUUUUGUUUCCCUUUCUGACAAACGAGACAAGCGUAAUAAAACCGGAGGAUUCCGACCCAGGACGCUUCACUGUAAAAGCAUUCAGUGGCUCCUGAAGAGAGUAUCUGAGACAAAAGGGGCCUCGGCACUGUCACAACACAGUGAGCGCUUUCUUCUUUUACACAUUAUACCACAUUAAAACCACAUCGCAGUUGGUGGACAGUUUUCACAUUCGGCCCUGCGAGCGUUUCCUCCAGUGAGAUGCUUUUUUUUUUUUCAGUGUCUGCGAAGUGAAGGGGAGGAGCAGAGGUAACAGGUUUUUGGCGGCGGACGCU